CUUGGGGACAGUGCACCCUGACCCCGCGCGCCCACGCUGCCAGCCUUGGUACCGUCCUCAGCUCCGCUUUCGCGGGGUGUGGGCACUCUGUGAAACACCGGGGCCCCGCCCGGCUGAGGAGGGUGCGGCCGGCGGGGGUGAAGCCCGUAAAACACCGUGUUUUGUGACAGAAAACGAGUGAAGCAGGCGCUGUUUUCCUCUGGCAAGGGCGGCUUUCCAGCGGCUCCAGCGCCAGCGAGCAUCUCUGCGGGGCGGGCACAGCGCCCGGCUCGGACACCCCGCCCCGGCCGCCGCCUCCUCGCUCCCUCCGCGGGCACAAGGAGCAGCGGGUCCCCGGGCUGCCCGGCCACGCCGCAUCGCUGUGCCACAGCCAGCAGGGCCACGCCACGACCAUGUCUGAGCUGGAGAAGGCCAUGAUCGCCAUCAUCGAUGCCUUCCACCAGUACUCUGGGAAGGAGGGAGACAAGCACAAGCUGAAGAAGUCGGAACUCAAGGAGCUCAUCAACAACGAGCUGUCCCAUUUCCUCGGUGAAAUCAAAGACCAGGAGACUGUGGACAAAGUCAUGGAGGCACUGGACUGCGAUGGGGAUGCAGAGUGCGACUUCCAGGAGUUUGUGGCCUUCAUUGCAAUGGUCACUGCUGCUUGCCACGAGUUCUUUGAGCAUGAGUGAACUGGUGGGAGGCAGAUGAGCCCCCUCUGCUCAAGCUGGAGAGAGGCAAGGCAGCAUUGCUCCUCCAGGAAAACGACUGGGUGUGAUUACAGACACCUUAGAGUUCAGCAUGUGCUAGACUUAAGCAGCUUAUUAAAACUGCUGUGGCUUUAUGAGCACUAAAACACUUGUGUGGCUCAGGAAAGGCUGAAGUGCCCAUUGGGCUGGAUGCAGUGAGUGAGUGCCCUGCCUCAAGCUCCUUCCCUGCUGUUUAAAGUCAGGAAUUGCAUGGGGCUAGAAGCAGAGGUCCAAGCUUGCAUACAAAGGAAAAAAGGAAAUUCAGGAGUUGAAGGAAGAGGUGAUGCAGAGGGGCUGGUUAUGGAAACCUGCUGCUGAGCCCACUGGCCUGAACAGGAAGGGUCCCAGUGAUUCCUGUGGGUUCUGUGCAUGGCAUUGGAAGCCAGCUCCUGUCCCCUCACAGGUGCCCAGCAGAGCCCACCCACUUCUUAGUACAUUGUGACACCCUUGGCUUGUAAGGCAAAGUGUAACAAUUUAAAAGCUAAAAAUCUGAUUGCUCAGGCUUUUCACUUGUUAACAUCAAUCCUGCUUUUAGCAGCCUGCAGAACUGGAAGCAACAGAGUAUGAGACUCCUGCACUGGGGUCAGUUCCUGGGCCUGGGAUGUGCCUUGACAAGGUGUCCAGGCUCAGUCAGGAGGGAAAUGAGAUCGGCCCAGUGUGACCAUAGACCAGACACAGCCUCCUGAGUGUGUGGAAAUGACAGGAAUAAAAUGUUGGU